GCCUGCUACCUGAAGUAGUGGUGUCUGGCCCUUCAGUUGACUCGUCCAAGAGUGGAUCAGACAUCCUCAGAAGCUUACUAGAAAAGGAUUAACAUGUGUCGUAGGCCUUCUGUCCUUUCUACCCAAAUCUGAAUCUAAAUCGUAGCUGUUUGUGGCGGUGCAUUUGGCUUUUGUGCUACCAUUUGGCGUGCACCAAUGGAUCAGAACGUCCAAAUAACUUUUUACACGAAAUCCAAACAGUAUUCUGUUCCCUCCGCACCGAUUGCAGUGCCACAACACACGACUGUUGAAGAACUCAAUAAUUUAGUCAAAGUUCUGCUAGAUGAAACCAGAGAGUCUAGGACAUAUCCGGAAUUUACGUUUCUCGUGGACAAUUUGAUUCUAACUUCAACUCUGCAUGAAUAUUUAUCAGAAAACGAAGUUAUAUCUGAAACCAUUGAUAUUGAGUUUUGUCCAAAACAAGAACCACCAAAAUACGAAAGAGAAUAUGUACAGGAUGACUUGAUCAGCUGUGUCAAACGCUGUGAUAAGUACAUUCUAACAGGUGGUUACGAUGGUACACUGCAUAUAUGGAGCCUGGAUAGCAAAAGUGCCGUAUUAUCUAUGGAGUUGGAGGAAAAAGUUAAAUGUGUAGAAUGGAUCAGUCUAGAUCAAACCAAAAAUGAGGCGGUUUUUGUAACUGGCGGUUUCGACCAAACAGCUCAGAUAUGGCACUGGGAUCUUAGUUCAAAUAAAGUUAAUUGUAUUGCUGUUUGUCGUGGACAUUCUGAAACUGUGAUGACCGCAGCCUCACGCUUCUCUAAUAAUUCUGAUACUCAUACAACACAUUUCGCUACAGGAUCUUGGGAUACAACAAUCAAAAUAUGGUCGGCAGGGAUUGAACCUACAGAUCUGUCUGAAGAAACAGGUGGUAUUGUACAUGUGAGGAAAUCGACUAGCAAAACACCUACUAGAAUCCCGUUAUUCACCUUAGCGGGACAUCGGGAAACUGUCACACGCAUUUGCUGGUUACCUUCCACCCUUACUAAUGAUAGCGAAAUAAAGCCUGGUGGAAACCAGCUACUGUCUAUCAGUUGGGAUCAUAGUCUACGUAUUUGGGAUUGUGAAGCGGCCAAAGGUAACACUGGUGCUGAAGUCCGGUGUAUACUUUCCAAUCAUGCUUUGCAUGAUGCAGAUGUCAAUAGCAGAGGUAUUUUGACUGCUUCUUCUGAUAACUGUAUUCGAAUAUUUGAUCCACGAGCAGAAGCACCUUUAGUACUCUCUGGAUUUCAAGGACACACAGGCUGGUUGACAUCAGUUGCUUGGGCACCUCAUAGACAAGAUCAGUUUAUAUCUGGAUCAAUUGAUCGUAGUGUUCGUUUAUGGGAUACACGUAAUCCUCGUUCCUCUCUAUAUGACUUAAUGGGACAUGCUGAUAUUGUGACAGAUGUUGAUUGGGCGCCUGCAAUUAAAUUACUUACUAAUGAUAAACCUAUACAUUAUAUCUUAAGUUCAUCAGCUGAUUCUACUGUAAAAGUUUAUCAUUAUCCAGAGUGAUAUAAUUUAUGUUUUGAUUACGACAAUCGAAUAUCUGUUUUUGAUUGUAUAAAAAUGCAUUUGUCUGUUCUCAAAUUAAGAAUAAAAUAAAAUAAAACAACCUGAUUUCACAUUGCAUUCUAUGGGUUUUUAUUAAACUUGAUGAAUAAAACAUGAAUAAUGUACAGCCAAUUCAAAAUUAAACACAUUAUCCCCAUAUGUAAAACGUGUUCUUGAUCAUAAAUAUUUUUAAUAUUGAGUAUGAUAAAUGUUCUAUUGAAAUGACUGGUUAUAAACUGUGCCUUUAUAAGAGAAGUCUUAUUUUUAAAUUAAAAUACAUAGGUCUGCAUAUACUGAUUUUAUACACAAAGCAAAAUAUUUCACGUUGACGAAUACUGUUUGUAUGUAAACAAAAUAGAAUUGACUCUGUUUGUUUAACCAUUCAAUGGAAUUUUAUAUGUCAAUCCAUUCAUAAUUGUUCGAAUUAAUUAGAGAGUUCGGAUUGUCAGAUGUUUAAGGCUGUCAGAAAAGAGAUCUCUUACAUGUAAUAUUUGUUGUUAUUAUUACUAUCAUGUUUCCAGCUUAAAGUUUACCCAUUAGCUUUCUGUUUAAUUGGAUCUCUCUCGAGAAUUACUAAUGUCCUACAUUGGAAUUCGUCCACCAGACUAUAUCAUUACCAUUGUACAUUCAUUAUAUAUGUGACUGUGACUUAUCCAAGAAUUUAGACAUUAUUAAAAAAUCUAUGAACAACACAAUGAGCUACAUCCGGUUUGACUUUUUGAAAGUUGGUAUUUCGAGACAUAAUUUACUACUAAUUAUUUAUAAUGUUUUAAGCCAUGAUUUUUCAGCGAUUCUGUAGUAUAACUGUUAAUCAAAGCCUGAAAUGGAUUGAGCUGUUAGUGAAUAAUAUGACCCCAUGAGAUAUAGUUUUCAUUGACAGAGUUAUAAAUCACACCUAUCAUAAAAAGCUACAUGUCAUAGAACUUUUCAAGUGUUAGAUGCUAGAUUGGUUCAAACUUAUGACCCAAUAGCAAGUGAUGAACCUAGACCCCAAAGUACAUCGUCUAGUUCACAUCAGAUUAAUUAGUAUGUGUGCUACGAUUAUGUUAAACGUUGUUAUACAUGAUCCUCUUGUUUAAUACGAUUUACAUUUUUUACUUUCUUAAUCUGUCAUAUACAUUACGUGGUUUAGUAGAUAAUGUGCUUAUUUUCAGUGCAGAAAUUGAUUGGUUAUCCAGACCUCCACUAAUUAUCCUAUAAACUUUAUCACUUGUAAAUAGAUGGUGUUUUUAAAACAGUUUGACUUUCAACUAAUUAGGCUCCAGAAAACCAAGACAUUUUUCUUUCACAAAUUAAAUUUUUUUUUUGAAUCACUACUGCUGAUUACUAUAGCUCUAAGCUGUGGAAACUUACCAUGCCUCUAUCAUUCAACAAAUGUACAAGUUAAUUUCCUCCAUUCACCAAUGACAUUUUAUCAUGUUCAUUUUGUUACAUCAAAAACUAUUCAUCCGGCUAGUGUUCUUGUAUUUGAUUGGUAAUUAUUCAGAGACCCAAGUCAAUAAUAUGAUCUUGGGAGUAGCCGACACCUCGUUCAUCAAUCGAUUAGUAUUUUAUUCAUUGAUUUGAACAACCGAAAAUUUCGUCAAUUGAUAAGAUUUCAUCUGACAUGAGUAAACAACUUAAAUUUCAUAAAUUCUUGUAGGUCGGGAAUAACCUCUCCUGAAUAAUUACUGUCCGUAUAUCUGUUAAUAAUUCCCGAAACAAAUUUAUAACGUUAGUGAAGUUUGAUUGUGGCUAGCAGAGAGGAAUCGCAAUAUUGACACUGGGAUGGAGAUGUAUUCAGCUGAAAAGUCUUCAAGAAGUUGAGACGUGCAUUGUGGCGUCCGUCGCUGACCAUAAUUCAAGAUUCUGACUAGACGACAGUGUCAAGUAAAUUCAUUCAGGAUCUGCAUAUGCCAAUACUGAUCGGUUGGGACCCUUAACAUCAACAUCGGGGAAAUCCAAACUAUUCAUGGAUUGGAUGAAGUUAUGUAUUAACACCAUUGGAUGCUGGCUUAAUGGUAUAUUGGUUCAGUGUUCGUGCAAGACCAAAGUUUCUGGGUCUAAGUCCUGCAUACGGGAUCGUGAACGCCCACUGUUGAGGAGUUCCGUUUCCAGUGCUUCCAGGUCCUCAAUGAUAGUUUAACAUUUGAUCGGUUAAUGAUUUUAAUGGAAAACAAACUAAUGCACUCCCUGUAAAAUCUAUGUGCUCAGUACGGAUUGUAGCUUAAAGUGAAAAUUAUUACUUGAAAUUAAUUCGUGCAAAGAAAAACCUAUUCAGUAAUUUUCCUCUAAUAGUGGUUUGUGUUGAUAGUUUUUGUCGAAUUGUGCUUCGUAUGUUCGUGAAACUUAUGUUUAACAGAGUUUAUAAUAAUCUCUAAGAACAAUUAAUAAGUUGCCUAUCACUUCAACCUAAACAGUAUAAUAUUAAUUACUAUUUUCCCUUGAAUAUCGUCCCAUUUAUUUUUCAUAACACUUAAUUGCAAAUUCUUUUGUUUAUUUAUUUGAUAUUGUAGAGUAAACAACAGUAUUCAUCACAUUACCGUUUUUUCAUAGUUAUUACACAUACAAAAUGCCGUUAAUUCUGUUGUGCGGGUAUCCUUGUUCAGGUAAAUCAACCAUUGUCUCUUUAUUAGCUGACAUACUAAAGCAACAUUUACCUCAUUAUUCAAUUCUUAUUGUGGAUGAAUUUAAAAGUGGUAAUCUACAAUCGAAAAUAACAACUAACUAUGAUAUCAGAUGUGAUAUUUAUGCAGAUUCCCUAAAAGAACGUGAAUUUCGCGGUCAACAAAAAUCAGAGGUUGAACGAGCACUUACACAAAGUCAAUCGACUAUAGUAAUCAUGGAUGCACCCAAUUAUAUCAAGGGUUAUAGAUACGAAUUAUAUUGUAUGGCCAAAUCUCAUAAACAUCAACAGAUUGUUUUAUUCAGUGAUAUCCCGCCUGAAAUUUCGGAACAUUGGAAUUCGAAAAUUAAUCGGUAUCCUGUUGAUCUGCUUUCGGAUAUGAUUAGCAGGUUUGAACGUCCUCAGUCUACACAGCGUUGGGAUAACCCACUUAUAACUAUUGAACCUCAUCUUUGGAACUCACCAAGCACUGAUAAUAUGGAGUCAGUAAUUAUACAAAUAAAACAGCUGCUAAACAACAGAGGCAAAGGAAAGAUCCAACCAAACAAAUCAACACAACUGACAAUUAUUUCAUCAUCUAACUACCUACAAAAUCUGGAGCAUAUCACGCAGCAAGUCGUAGAUCAUGUCCUUCGAAGUCAAACCAGUGGUCUUUCAUCAGUCGAUCUCCCUAUAUGUUUCCAAAACGAGCAUAACCGAGAUGUAGUUCUUCAAAUUACCAACUCCGAAACUAAAUACACGAUUGGCAACCUUAUACGACUUAAACGCCGAUAUAUUGCGGUACAACGAUUAAAAUUUGAUCAGUUAAAUACAGUUUCGGAUGAUGCUUCGAUUGCAACAAACUUUUUGCAGUUUAUUUCGUUCAAUGGGGAUUUAUGUGAUGAUGAAGCCAGUUAGAAAGUGACAAAAACUUAUAAAGACAAGAAUCACAAGUGAUAUUGUCAUGUAACAUAAUAUUUUUUUAUCGUUUGUCACACUGCUCUACAAUGGGUCUUUUGUAACGAUUUAUAACAUUGAAUAGUGUAUUUCAGAAAUAUGAAAAUCGUAUUUCUAAACUACACAGAUAUAAAAUUAGAAAAACCCUAUGAGCUACAUUGAGACAAAUACUAAGAAUAAACAGUAGGAAAACUAUAUUCAUUUUAAAUGACUACCCUAGCUACAUUAACAGAGCAGUUUACCAUAUGGAUAUAUUUGCCAAGUAUGGACGUUUGCGUAAAGGCUCGUAAUACAUACUCCCCGACUAUCCAAACCAGAGUAAGUUGAUUAAAGUCAAAAUUUACAGUCAACUGGUUGAGUGCCUUGGAAUGACACCUCACUUAGCUUCAUGAAGUUAUGAUUUGAAAGGUAUGAAGCUAGCACAAUAAAAGAGUUGCGACCUUUGUAGCCAGGUUCCUAGGUUGAUAAAAGCGUUACCACCAUCUAUCAAGAAGUUUCCUCUGAAGAUGUAUGGAACCGAGAAGUGUCAAGCACCCCCAUACAUCUCUAACAGUGCUCAAAUGAACAUUAUUCACAACAAGACCGUGUUCUCAUCUCCGUAUGUUUUUUCCACCCCUCUUCUGGCUCCGCCUUCUUCACAUUCAAACAUUGCUAACGAUCCUAUAAUACGAAAUAUUUCCCCUGUCUUCCAAACAACGCUGUCCGAAACCUGUGUCAAUUGAAGAACUUCACGAAGACUCUCGUGAUACUGAUACGAACUGUGUUUGUAACCCGAGAUAUGGAGCCAACGAGAAUCAUCCUUCGCGUAAUGGGAUAUUCGACAAGUUUCGUCACAUGUCACAUAAAAAUUAUACUUUCUUCGACUAUUUAGGAAUCGAUCUCUAUCUU